AUGAUUAUCAAGGCGAUUGUAUUGUUGUGUUUGACACAGUAUCUGAUGUGUGUAGUGGCGAUGGUGUCGAUACCAGCAUCUGCAAACAUGUCAUCAGACGAAGUUAAUGAAGUGACAGAUAUGGUGACAGAUGAUGGAGAGGAUUAUAUACCAGAUGACCUUUAUGGAAAUUUCUUCGAUAAUAUCAUUCAGAUUGUCAUAAAGCGCUUGAGAGAACUAUUUGAAUUUGAGGAGGAAUCGACGCCAAGUUAUAAUACAACUAUGGGUGUAUAA